GGAAAAGGAGGCGUCCGGCUGUGGGAAGCGCUCCCAAUUCCUCAGGCUGCCUUUUUGUCAUGCUAGCAUAGCCAUGCAAUCUCUACCGGUUCCGGUUUAACGUCUGUUUUUUUUUUUUCCCUCCUUCUUUACCACUGUUUGGUCUCCAUUUCUCUUCUCCUGUUAGUGACGCGACCGGAUUUCUAUAACGGAUUUCAUCAGCAGUAACAAUAACAGGCAGUUUGGGUCGUUUCGCAGGGGUUGUGUGAAGCAUGGAAAAAACAGCGCGGCUGACUGGGAUUUUAAUUGUGUAGCAAACAGUUGCACUUUUCUGUGUCUGCCGAGUGCGUGAGAGUCAGAAGACGUAUGAAAAUAAAAGAAGACAGGUUUGUGUGAAGGCUUGAUAAUGGGCUGCGUCAAAAGUAAAGAGGACAAAGGACCAUCGCUGAAGUACCGACCAGAUGCUUCUAACCCUACCCCUGUUCCCUCCCACAUGGGCCACUAUGGGCCAGACCCCACCCAGAUGGGCCAAUCACCUGCCGUCAAGGGUCCCAACAGCAGCUACAACAGCCAUGCCUCCACCAUCACUCCAUUUGGUGGCUCGUCAUCCGUCAUCACUCCCUUCGGUGGAGCCGCUUCUUCUUUUUCCACGGUGACCGUGAGCAACCCCUUCCCUGGUGGCGUCACAGGUGGUGUGACCUUUUUUGUGGCCUUAUAUGACUACGAAGCUAGGACAUCUGAUGACCUCUCAUUCAAAAAAGGCGAUCGAUUUCAGAUCAUCAACAACACAGAAGGAGACUGGUGGGAGGCUCGUUCCAUCAACACAGGCAAGAAAGGCUACAUUCCCAGCAAUUAUGUGGCCCCUGCAGACUCCAUCCAGGCUGAAGAAUGGUACUUUGGGAAAAUGGGACGCAAAGAUGCUGAGCGACUGUUACUGGUUCCUGGAAACCAGCGAGGGACGUUCUUGGUCAGGGAGAGCGAGACAACGAAAGGAGCCUACUCUCUCUCCAUACGUGACUGGGAUGACAUGAAGGGCGACAAUGUGAAACACUACAAAAUCCGCAAGCUUGAUAACGGUGGCUACUACAUCACCACAAGAGCCCAGUUUGAGACACUGCAGAAACUGGUCAAACACUACACAGAGCAUGCAGACGGACUCUGUUAUAGGCUCACUACAGUCUGUCCGACUGUGAAGCCUCAGACUCAGGGCCUGGCUAAAGAUGCCUGGGAGAUCCCACGUGAAUCGCUUCGCCUGGAACUCAAACUGGGCCAAGGCUGCUUCGGAGAGGUCUGGAUGGGCACUUGGAACGGUACUACUAAGGUGGCGAUUAAGACGCUGAAGCCUGGCACCAUGUCCCCCGAGGCCUUCCUUCAGGAGGCACAGAUUAUGAAGAAGCUCAGGCAUGACAAGCUAGUGCCUCUGUAUGCCGUCGUGUCUGAGGAACCCAUUUACAUUGUGACUGAGUACAUGGGCAAAGGGAGUUUGCUGGAUUUCCUAAAGGAAGGCGAAGGUAAAUACCUCAAGCUUCCCCAGCUAGUGGACAUGGCAGCACAGAUCGCUGAUGGCAUGGCCUUCAUCGAGAGGAUGAAUUACAUCCACAGAGACCUGAGGGCAGCCAACAUCCUAGUGGGAGAAAACCUGGUUUGCAAGAUCGCUGAUUUUGGCCUGGCCAGGCUGAUUGAGGAUAACGAAUACACUGCUAGACAAGGAGCCAAGUUCCCCAUUAAAUGGACAGCACCUGAGGCAGCUCUCUAUGGCCGCUUCACCAUCAAAUCUGAUGUCUGGUCUUUCGGUAUCCUGCUGACUGAGCUUGUCACCAAGGGCAGAGUGCCAUACCCAGGCAUGGUGAACAGGGAGGUUCUGGAGCAGGUAGAGAGGGGAUACAGGAUGCCAUGUCCUCAAGGCUGUCCUGAGUCGCUGCAUGAGAUGAUGCGUCUGUGCUGGAAGAAGGACCCUGACGAGCGACCCACUUUCGAAUACAUCCAGUCCUUCUUGGAGGACUACUUCACAGCCACCGAGCCGCAGUACCAGCCUGGAGACAACCUGUAGAGCCGUCUGCCUGGUCCCAAACCAGCUUGCUGCUUCCUCCCCUAAACCAUCCGUGCACACUUCCUAUCCCUCUGACUUCUGUCUUGUUAUUUUGUUAUAUUUGCAGUGGUGUAGGAGGCACCAUGUAACACCUUUUGGAUUUCGUUAACCCUCUGUUGAGUUCAGGAUAAGUGUGAAGUGAAGUUCGGUAGGGAAGCAAGCAUAUAGGUUUGGAACAGAUAGGGAGCUGCAGAGAAAGUAAUGACCAUAGUGCUGAUUGCAUAAAUGUCUGUUUUCAUGUUCUUUUUUUUUUUUUUUUUUCUCUUUAUUGUUUUAGUUUCCACACAAACACUAUGAUUUCUGACUGUUUUAAGAUCAAGAACUGAUUUCUUUUUGUUGUUUAUUGUCAUCGAUUUUUACUUUACAUUUCACUUCCUCUUUUUUUUUUCAUUAAUUUCAAUAGUUUGUUUUAAAAAAGUGACCAAUAACUGUGGUUGAAAACGACGGUAUCGCCUAAGACUGUCGGUGAUGCUGUGACAGAGAGAGGGCGGGAGAAUGAGAGAGAGAGAAUGAAAGAGAGAGAGAAUAUUUGCCAUUAUGAAUGUAUGAGUAAAGCAUAAGCAGUGCAAGAGCUGGAGGAGAUAGAUGCAAAAAGAGUUUGACUUUGUAAGUUAAGAUAGUGGUGGAAAAUAAAUGGGUAAGAUUUUUAUGAAUGAAUGAAAAAAACAAUUUUUUUUAGUAAUCUGUUAUUACUUGAUCCAUCAUGAUUGAUGAUUUAUAUUUGUGAACUUCUCUUGUGCCAGCCAAAAAACUAUUUGAAGAGUGCACUAACUGUACACUAAGACGAUGAUCCCCUUGUCAUUUCAGCCAAGUGCCAGUUCUGGGAAAACCUGUUUAAUAAUUUGUGCACAUGAUAUUUGUACUAAAUUUCAUUGUUUAAUGGAGUCUGUAAAUUCUACUACUUCUUUCACUGGCAUGAUACUUCCAGGAGCUUGAAUUAUAUGUAUUCCUACCAUGGAUCAUAUAAUGCACAUCAUUUUGUCAUCCUGUAGUAAAACACUACAGUUGAGCCCAACACUAAACACUUCAAAUCUGCUCAAAUGUUUAAUCUCUUUUGGAAAAAAACUAGCUUUGUUAUGCUGUGUGAGAAAUUUUGGGUCACUGCAAAUCAAUACAAAGAUCACCUUUAUCUUAUGAUGAAACAUUUCUAUCCUGAUGGGUGUGGUCUCUCUUAGUAUCCACAAGGCACGAGGUUCACUGAAUAAUUUAAUGAGGAUGAAAAUUAUGCUACAGCCUUCACAGUCACCCAUUCUCAAUUCAGCUGAACACCUACGAGAGCUUUUGGAGCGAUGUGUUAGACAGAGCUCUCCACCACUAGCAUCAAAAUACCAAUCUUUUCGAAAAGCAAUGUUGAGUCUCUAGAGUACCGUUUAAGAGACUUGUAGAAUCGAUGCUGAGAUGCAUUGAGGCUGUUCUGGUGGCUCGUGGUGGAUCUGAUUUGUUCAGCUGAUUUUAUUACUUUUCAUUAUAACAGCACCCUUCAAUAUACCAUUUCAGAUGAUAUUAGCUCUUCAGCUUGAUAGUUCUGUAUUCAUUUAUGAUUUUUAGUGUUGGAAUCAACUAUAGAGUCUGCCUGAUUUGUUCAUACCGUGUUAUGACAAAAGCAAAGUUAAUUUCAUGGAGAAAUAAAAUCCCUACAUUUCAUAUUGGAACAGAACGUUUUGCGUUUGUAUCACUGAGAUACAUUUAUGAAUAGAUGAAAUCCCACAGCUCUGUCUGCUUUGUCAUGCUCCCAGCUUUCCGAGGCUGCUGAAUCACUUCCUGCAACUCUGUCGCCCUCCACCGGUUGAUGAUUAGAAUUAUAAUGGGAGAUGUUAUGGCUGUUAUACUUCCACUGGCUGACAUGAGUGCUGUAAAACACAAGUGCUGAAUGAGAUGGCAAAAAAGGUGGUCUUUUAAAGUGGUCUUUCAACACUUCCUGGUGUUUAAUUUUCUCCUUUCAUACUGUCAAUUCAAUGGAAUGGCCGCAGUUGAAUUGAGCCUGGAUGCAAAUCUAUAAAUGGAAAUUUAGUUGGUGUUUAAAGCAGAUGAGACUGGUCAAUUAUUAACAGUCCAUUACCUCAGUAAGAGUUUUUACAGAGUAACACAGGUGCUGUAUGGAGUUGGUUUCUGCCAGUGGUUCUUGACAUAAGUUUAAAUGCACUUCAUGUGAACCAAACACUAGCAUUGUGUAAAAGUAAAGCUGAAAAGCCUUUUGUGAGUAGAGAGGUCUUACCUUUGUUCUCCUGCGUCAUUAUCCCUUUGUUUCGGUCGAAGGGGUUUUGUUAUAAGAACAAACCCCUCCUCCCUCUCUUUUCCCAGAAAUCUGUGUGGUUUUCAAAGGGCUAUGGACCAGUUUGAUGAAUUUCUUUUGUUCUUUCAUGGAGAUAUUUGAAGAGGAGAACUGAUACGCUUUGGCUGCAGGGUUGAAGCAGAGUAUGGAGGUUGUGUGUACCGUCACGUUGGCAACAAAUUACUAACCUGAAUAAUUUGUACAGUGAAAAAUAAAGUUGUACGUAAUGCUUUUGA